AUGUUAAAACAUUUUCAUAGGCAUAAUUCUAAAAACGUAGAAGAAGAAAAAGAAAUAACUCAAUCGACAUCUUCCAUCAUCGAAGAAGAAUGCUCUUCGAUAACGAAAGAAGAAAACAAUGAAGUUUCUGAAGAUGAACUUCCGUCUUCAGAACAAGAAGAUAAUACCAUCGGUGACCAUUCUAAAUGGCAAAACCCAGAUUAUUUCCAAAAUAAAUGGCAAGAAUACCUUUUCAUCUUUUCCUGUAUGAUGAGUCAACUUUUAAAUCAGGCAGCUACACCACAAACUUUGAGUAUUAUGAAUAUUAUAACGGACUCAUUCAAAUCAGAAGGUGGUAAAGAAACAUGGUUAAUAGCAUCUUUCCCAUUAGUUUCAGGUUCCUUUAUUUUGAUCAGUGGGAGAAUUGGUGAUAUUUAUGGUCUUAAGAAAACUUUGAUUGGAGGGUACCUAUUCUUUAUAAUUUGGUCCCUGAUAUCUGGUUUCACAGAUUACUCUCAUAACGAUAUAUUUUUCAUCAUUAGUAGAGCCUUCCAAGGGUUAGGUAUAGCAUUCAUUUUACCGAACGUCAUGGGUAUUGUAGGUAACAUUUAUAAGCCAGAUACACAGAGGAAAAAUAUUGUUAUCAGUAUGAUUGGAGCAUCUGCACCAAUCGGUGCAUUUAUGGGUAGUCUUUUCGCCGGGUUGAUCGGCACUGAAAACCCCAAACAAUGGCCAUGGGCCUUCUAUGCAUUUGCAAUUGCAUCUGCAAUCAAUUUAGCAAUUUCCAUUUAUUCUAUCCCUAAUAAUAUUCCAACUAAUAUACACGGUUUCGCUAUGGACUGGAUAGGUUCAAUAAUGGCUGUAAUUGGCUUAAUUUUAUUAAAUUUUGUAUGGAAUCAAGGACCAAUUGUUGGCUGGCAAAAGGCUUAUAUUAUAGUUCUUUUGAUCAUCUCAAUCAUUGCACUAGUUUUGUUUUUCACAUAUGAAAUUAAAUACGCAAAGUCCCCAAUCUUACCUGUUGAAGUAACUAAGAAUCGUCAUAUUAUUAUGAUCUUGGCUGCAUUAUUUUUAGGUUGGGGGUCAUUCGGUAUAUUUUCGUUUUAUUAUUUUUCAUUCCUUCUAAAUUUGAGACAUUAUUCAGCUCUUUGGGCGGGUACAACUUAUUUCAUGUUUGCUAUUUGGGGUACUGUGGCUGCAGUCAUUGUUGGUGCUUUUAUUAAGAGAAUUUCUGCAUCUGUGAUUUUAUUCUUUUCCAUGAUUGCGUUUAAUAUUGGACUGAUCAUGUUAAGUGUAACACCUGUAGAUCAAACAUAUUUCAGAAUGAAUCUAGGUACAAUGAUUAUCUUAAGUUUCGGUAUGGAUAUGUCGUUCCCAGCAGCUGCUAUCAUUUUAAGUGAUGGUUUGACAAUGCAAUACCAAGGUAUGGCUGGUUCGUUAGCAAAUACGAUGGUCAAUUAUUCCAUGUCAUUAUGUUUAGGUAUGGGAACCACAGUAGAACGUCAAAUAAAUAAAUCAGGGAAAGAAAUAUUAAAGGGAUACAGAGCAGCAGAAUAUUUAGGGGUUGGGCUAGCAGGUUUAGGGAUUGUUAUUAGCGGUAUUUAUAUGGCUGAAGUGCUAUGGGCUAAACGUAAAGAACGUUUAUCUUCAAACCGUGACCACGAUAUGAGUUAA